AAAAUUAAUAGAGAUAAAUACACUCCUUCUACGCCUUCGAUUCAACAUGGAAAGUGUGCGAUGUUCGGAACAUAACUUACAGUGCUAUUUGAAAACAGGUACAAAACCUGGUCCAAACCAAGGGAAAAGCUUUUAUGUUUGCUCACAUGCUAAAGAAAAAUGCCAGUUUGCAAAACCUUCAGACAUUGAAGCAAGAGUUUGUCCUCAGCAUUCCAAGGAAAUGGUGUAUUUACAAGCCAUACAUAAGAAUUCUAAUGGGAAGAGUUGUUACUAUAGAUGUAAAGAUUAGGUUACCAGUUAUUACUAUAGAUGUAAUGAUUAGUACUAUAGAUUUAAAGAGUAGGUUAACAGUUAUUACUAUAGAUGUAAUGAUUGUUACUAUAGAUGUAAAGAUUAGGUUACCAGUUAUUACUAUAGAUGUAAUGAGUAGGUUAAUAGUGUAUAUUAUUUAUUAUAGUUAUUACUAUAGAUGUAAAGAUUAUUACUAUAGAUGUAAAGGGAAGGUUAAUGAAGAAGGUAGUAAAUCUAAUUGGUGUGGUUAUUAUACACCUUCCUCUGAUACUAGUGCAUCUCCAUUUGCUCAAUUUUCCUUACCACAAUCUUAUCAGAAUAAAACAUCUAAAUACUCUUCAUCUCAGAAUGGUACUAGUGCCUCAAACAAUCACACCAGUGAAAGUGAUAAGCUAAUAGCUAAAAUGUCAGAAACUGGUAGCCAUAGUAGUAUUCAUAAUAAAGAAAAUGUGCUAUCUACUGAAAAGAGAACGGAAUCCAAACCAGUUUCACAGGCACCAAAGUUAACAGUUGAGUCUAGUUUUGGAGAUUUGGCUCGUAAAGCACCAAAACAAACUACUGAUACUAAUAAAGCCACAUUAAGUAGUUCACCAAUGGCAUAUCGUAGUAAAGUUAAAGAUUUAACAGCAGAGGUUAUUGAAGUUGUCAGCUCAGAUGAUGAAGAUGAUGAGAAUUUAGAUGCAGCUCGCAGACAAAGACAGGAAUUAAACAUACAAUUAGAGAAACAAAAGAAUGUUGUUCGUUCAGUAAAGAUGUCAUGUUUACCAGAUAAAGGAAAGAAGUUAAUGGAAGAUAUUGAAAAAUUACAGAAAAGUAUAGCUAAACUUGAUUUAUAUAUACAGACAACAGAUCAAAAACUAGGCCAUAACACAGCCAAACCUGGUAAUACUCAAAGAGUUUAUAGGGUAGAACAGUCUGGUAAACCUCCACUGUAUCAGACUAUAACUAAACCUAUAUUACCUAGUCCUACUGAAACUAAACCAGUUAUGUUGGCAUCUAAACCAGGUUCUAACCAGACUAUAUUGGUUACACAACCACCACCACCAGGCAGUAACCAUACAAUAUUAUUAUCUAAACCAGAACAAUUACCACCUCAUAUUUUAGCUCAGAUGUAUGCAGCCAAUCCACAAGCUAUGACACUAUAUGGUGGUAGAAUGACAGCAGCUAGAUUAAGAGAAGUUACAACUGUCACUAAAGAAGCUUUGGAAAAAUUACAUAAACAAUUAGAAAGUUGUCCUGCAUCAACAGAUGAACUAGAAGAUCCCAAAGGUUUAAAAGUUAAUUUAAUGACACAUCAGAGACAAGCUUUAGCUUGGUUAUGUUGGAGAGAGGGACAGAAUCCUGCUGGUGGAAUUUUAGCUGAUGAUAUGGGUCUAGGUAAGACAUUAACGUCUAUAUCAUUGAUAUUAAAACAAAGAGAGAGAAGAGAGACUGGUAGUAAGGAAGAACAAUCAACAUGGUUAAAUAGAGAUAAACAACUUGAAAAAUUGGGUAAAUCGGUGGUGAAAUCCAAUGCUACAUUAAUAGUUUGUCCUGCUUCAUUGGUACAUCAAUGGCAUAAAGAAAUAGAGAGAAGAUGUCAGGGUGGUUUAUUAAAAGUUUUAUUAUAUCAUGGUGCCAAUAGAGAGAGAAAUAUACUGAAAUUAGCUGAUAAUGAUAUAGUACUUACUACCUAUAAUAUUAUUAGUAUUGAAGUUGGUAUAAUGAAAGGAGAAUCAGCUGAAAAUGCUAUGAAAGAUGAUGAAGAAGAAGAAGUAAAGGAGGAAGAUGGUUCUACAGCCAAGAAACAACCUAAUAUAUUACGUAUAGCAUGGGAAAGAGUUAUAUUAGAUGAAGCACAUAAUAUUAAGAAUUAUAAAAGUAAAACCUCUAUGUCUAUAUGUAAAUUAAGAGCUGGAUUUAGAUGGGCUUUAACUGGUACACCAAUACAAAAUGACUUGUUAGAUAUGUAUUCAUUAUUAAGAUUUUUGAGAUGUACACCAUUUGAUGAAUAUAAAGUUUGGAAGAGAAAUGUUGAUAAUUCUAAAGGUACGACAAGACUAAAUACUAUUAUAAGAACACUAUUGUUACGACGUACUAAACAACAAACUAAUAAAGACGGCCAACCCUUGGUGCCAUUACCAAGUAAGACAGUAGAGACCUACACAGUAGAAUUAACAUCAUAUGAAAGAGCUAUAUAUGAUAAAUUCUUUGCUACAACUAAGUCUACUGUACAGAAUUUUGUAAAACGCCAUGAAGAGAAAGAAGCUGGAACAUGGAAUUCUAGUUCUAAAUCUACAUUAACAGAAGAAUUCCAAGAGAAAUUAAAGUUAAAUGAUAGUAAAGGAAGUACUAGUGGUGGAGUAGGUCUAUCUAGUCAAUCAGAUGGUAAAACUAAUGCUAGUCAACUAUUAGUAUUAAUAUUAAGAUUAAGACAAUGUUGUUGUCAUUUCAGUUUAAUGAAACAGCAACUAGAAGAUGAAAGUUUAGAUUUAGAAGGUAUUGAAGAGAAAGAUAAUAUAGAGUUAACAUUAGAAGAACAGAUGCAGGGUUUACUGUUAGAAUCUGAUAAUAGUACUUCUGAUAGUAAAACUGAUAGUACAGUACCUACAACAACAGAUAAACCUGAUCUUAAACUUAUGUUUCAACCUUCUCAUUUUAGUUCUAAGUUGAAAGCUGUUGUUGAAAAGAUUAAAUCUAUACGUAGGGAAAGUAAAAAGGGUCAACCAUUGAAAAGUGUUAUAGUGUCUCAAUGGACUAAAAUGUUAGAUGUUAUAGGAUAUCAUUUACAAACAAUGGGUAUAUCAUUUAGUGUUAUACAGGGUAAUAUUGCAGCUAAAAAACGUACAGAAUUAGUAGAAGAUUUUAAUACUAAUCCUAGUGGUGCUGAGGUUAUGUUGGUAUCACUGAGAGCUGGUGGUGUAGGCUUAAAUCUUAUUGGUGGAAAUCAUUUAUUUAUAGUUGAUAUACACUGGAAUCCAGCCCUAGAACAACAAGCAUGCGAUAGAAUAUUUCGUGUUGGACAGACCAGAGAUGUAUUUAUUCAUAAGUAUGUCUGUAAAGAUACUAUUGAAGAAAAGAUAGUUGAUUUACAAAAGACAAAAACUCAAUUAGCAGAAAAUGUGUUAACAGGAUCUGGUGCAGCAACACAGAAAUUAUCUCUAAAUGAUUUGAGAAUGAUGUUUGGUGUCUGAUGUGCCAGUUAAUAGUCAAGAAGGACUGAUUCAAGAAGGAUUAUGUCUUUAGAGUUAAAACAUUUGUCUGUGUACUACUUAAGACACAAAAUGCUUAGACAGAGCUACACGUGUGUUCUAAAAAAGCUAAAAUAAGAAUUACCUAUAUACAGGCAUGUUAACACUAACAUUUCUAUGUUAACUAAAUACACAAUGAUACACUCAAUGAUAAUGAUCAGUAUAAGUUAUGCCUAUAUUUAUUUGUGCCAGAAAUCAUAGUGCUAGAUUUUAUUUUAGAUUAUAUUUUUUUAUAUUUAUUGAAAUUUCAUGGCUUUUGUAUAUUUAUUUGUAAAAUCUCUAAUAAAUGUUUUUUUUUUUCCU